AUGUUAAACAAAAAUUUGAAUUUGUCCCUUAAGUUAAAUAAAAUAAACGACUUUGGUGACGUUCCUGGUAGGCCAUUCACACCAAUUGAACAAACACUAAAAACCCCUAUAGAUCCUCCACAACUUCCAUCAAAUGGAUUACCACCCCACCAGGAUUUACAACCGCUUCAACAGCAACAACUUCAAUAUUUUCAACAAUCAGUCUCUUCAUCACAGAGAGAAGCAAACCAGUUCUUUUUUGCACCUCCUCCGAAUAGACAAGCAGGAGCUUUCUAUCAAAAUCCAGAAUAUAAUGAAUCAGAUGAUAUAUUGACAGAUAUUGAUGAACCUUCCAAUUUUUGCAAGCGAAAUUAUUCAAUUAGUUUUACUAAUCAUUUUGAUCAAUUAUUAUUGUCUACAUAUUCCCAAAUAUUAUCAUUACCCACGACCACUCCAUUUCUGGGGGCUAUCCCUCCCAGUGGACUUGUUGGAAAAGUUGCCAAUGAAACCAUGUCUAGUUUAAUUAAAUUAACAAAUUCUCCCAACCCCCCAUUAUUUGAUCAACAGAGUAUAAUAAAUCGAGACUAUUUGAAAAAUCAAGAACAUCAGCCAUUCUUUUUACAAUUAAUAAGAAGGAGAUUAUUGGAUUUAUGUAGUGCUCUGAAUUCAAAACUUCCAGAUGUGACGUCGGUUCAAGUAUACAGCCUGGCUAUUAGAAAUUCAUCAAUUUCGAACUUGUCACUUAAUGAAAUGAAUGUUACCAAUUUUGCAAAUGGUACUGGAAGUAGUACCAGUAGUGGUCAAUCGAGGUCAAGAUCAUCUUCAUCUUCUUUGAAUUUAAGGAAGCAAUCUUUGACGAGAAAUAAUAGUAAUAAUUGGUUGCAUGUUGGAAAUAUGGGUAAUUUAAAGGCUCCAUACUCUGGUCAUACUCAUUUCAAUAUCAGUACUGAUUCCUUACAAGAAUCCGUUCCACAAUCACUUAUAAAUCGCAGUGCACCAACAACAAAUGCUUCCCAGUUUCAACCUCCACAUCCACAAUUUAGUUCAAUGAUGAUGGAUUAUCAAAACAACAAUAACUCAUCAUCACCACCAAGUAAUAUGAAACCCAAUACGCCUCCUUUUUCGGCACUCCAAACACCUGGAGUAGAGAUUGACGAUUUCAAUUUUGGGCAAAGACCAAGAUCAUCCUCAAGAGCUAGUUUACCUCAAGCAUUGAAUAUAAACACUGAUAUUGCCAAUAUUCAAGGGUUGAACUCAUUGAGUAUUGGAAAUGGAGGUCCUUCAUAUAACAAUAGUAACACUAAGAGCAAUCUGAGGUUAGAUUCUCCAUUCCUGUCAUCGGUUCUUCCUCCUGAAGAAACAUUUAGCGCAUUUCCUAUUGCUCCCCCUUCGUAUAAUAAUAACAAUAUUGCAUCAACGAAUUCCUCACCACUUGGUGGCAGUCCAGAUUCUAAUGGUGAUAGAAUCAAUACCAAUGGGAUGUAUUUACUGUUUAGUUUGAGUGAGAAGAAACGCGAAUCACUUAAAAUGAAACGAGGAAUUCAUUAA